GUCUCCAAAAUCUCGAUCUGGCUGUUCCGAAGUGGUCGACUACAACCGGAGAUGGAUUUCCUGGGAUGUGUCGUUAAUGUGCCGCCGGAGCGUAUCGCACUCCGGUCGGACGUUUCAUUCAACGUGAGCAGCGAGACGCUGCUCUUCGCCAAGACGAACGGUCUACCAGGGGAGAACGGUGGAGGUGCGGGAGGAAAAGCGAACCCCACCUUCUCAGAGAGUUCACAUCUGCAUCCCCAGCACGCCAUCAACAAUUCGUAUGCGGCCAUCGAGCAGACGCCCGGC